GCUGCUUCAUUUUCUACACUUGUUUGGUAAGUUGAAAGCGCUGCCACCAUGCAGACCCUUGUGCACGAGCCUCUGCAGUUUUAUGAGACGCUGGCCAGAGGGAUGAACUCAGACCAGGAAAGGCCAUUCAUGUGCAAUGCUCCUGGAUGCUCUCAGCGUUUUCCCACGGAGGACCAUCUGAUGAUUCAUCGUCACAAACACGAGAUGACCCUUAAGUUCCCCUCCAUAAAGAACGACAGCAUGUUAUCAGACCAGACGCCCACGCCGACCCGAUUCUUGAAGAACUGUGAAGAGGUUGGGUUGUUCAGUGACCUGGACUGCUCCAUCGAGCAGGACUUUUGCAAAGCGCAAGAAGAAGAGGACAGUAAGCAGAACAUCUCUCUGCAUGGCCAAGCAGGUCAAGGUCAGCACCAGCAGUCCCACGCACGGAUGACCAACCAUGAUACCAGCAUAGUGAUCCAGCAGGCCCUUCCCUCUCCUCAGUCCAGCUCCGUCAUCACUCAGGCACCCUCCACCAACAGACAGAUAGGGCCUGUCCCAGGCUCCCUGUCCUCGCUACUGCACCUAAGAAACAGACAGAGACAGCCUCUGCCAGCCUCCAUGCCUGGAACCUUGCCAGACCCCACCAUGCCCGGCUCCUCGGCUGUGCUGAUGCCUAUGGAGAGGCAAAUGUCUAUGAGUUCAAACAUGAUGGGCAUGCAGAGCCCCGCCCACAGCAACUCAUGCUCCUCUACUCACAUUCCCUCAAUGCACUCAGAAGCCAAACUGAGGCUGAAAGCUGCCCUUUCCCACCACCCUGGUUCCAUCCCCAACGGCAACAUGAACUCAAUGGGCCACAUGAUGGAGAUGAUGUCAACGCGGCAGGAGCAGGGCAACCAUCAUCACAUGCAUUCGCACCCACACCAGCACCUGCAAGCCCCUCCCCACACGUACCAGCACCACGGACACCACCACCACAGCCAGGGCCACGGCCAGGGUGGCCACCACCACCCGCAGGGACACAACCCUCAUCACAACUCCCACAACCCACACCUCCUGCCUGGGCACCCACACCAGACCUCACCGCACCAUCCUAUGCACUCCGCCUCACAGAUGUCACCUGCAACCCAGCAGAUGCAGCCCACGCAGACGUUGCAGUCCCCCCCACCCAGCGGCGGGCGCCGCAGACGGGUAGUGGACGAGGAUCCGGACGAGCGACGACGAAAGUUUCUUGAACGAAACAGAGCAGCUGCAACGAGAUGCAGACAGAAGAGGAAAGUUUGGGUGAUGUCCUUGGAGAAGAAAGCUGAAGAGCUCACUCAGACCAACAUGCAGCUUCAGAAUGAAGUGACUAUGCUAAAGAACGAGGUGACCCAACUCAAACAGCUUCUGCUCACACACAAGGAUUGCCCCAUCACCACUAUGCAGAAAGAGUCCCAAGGUUACCUCAGUCCGGAGAGCAGUCCGGCGGGCAGUCCGUCCCCAGCGUGCUCCCAGCAGCAGCAGGUCAUCCAGCACAACACCAUCACCACCUCCACCACGACUGUAGGGGGCAGCACUGUUCACGGACAGGCCAAUCACCGCACAGACAUUAACCCCAUCCAUUAG